GACCUACAGGAACCUCACUACUAUAGGAUACAUUUGGGAAGACAACAACACUAAAGAACAUUGUCAAUGUUGUAGAAGACCUGCAAGAAUUGAAAGAAAUCAAACUGGAGAGAAACAUUCAGUAUAUACUCACUCUGCUAAAGCCUGGUCUUAUGACACCCACCUUCUAAGGAAUGAAAAUACACAUGCUGGAGAACAACAUUAUGAAAUUAAGCAAUGUGGAAAAGUCUUUGCUCAUCACAGUGAUCUUCAAAUGAAUACAAGAAAAUACACGGGAGAAAAGCACUAUGAAUACACUCAAGGUGCUAAAGACUUUGUUCUUUAUGAGACUCAUCCAUGUCAUAAAGGAACAUAUACUGGAGGGAUACCGGAUGGAUAUAAUCUGUGUGGUAAAGCCUUUCCUGAUCACAUUAGUCUUCAAAGCCAUAAAAGAACACUUAAUGGGGAGAAACCCUAUGAAUGUUAUCAAUGUGGUAAGGCCUUUGGCAGGCACAGUCAUCUUCAAAGGCAUAAACGAUCACAUACUGGAGAGAAACCCUAUGAAUGUAAUCAGUGUGGUAAGACCUUUGCAUUUCAGCGUUAUCUUCAAAUGCAUAAACGAACACAUACUGGAGAGAAACCCUAUGAAUGCUAUCAGUGUGGUAAAACCUUUGCAUAUCAAAGUAGUCUUCAAAAGCAUAAAAGAUCACACACUGGAGAGAAACCUUAUGAAUGCAAUCAGUGUGGUAAAACCUUUGCAUAUCAAACUAGUCUUCAAAAGCAUAAAAGAUCACAUACUGGAGAGACACCCUAUGAAUGUAAUCAGUGUGGUAAGGCCUUUGCAUUUCAGAGUUAUCUUCAAAUGCAUGAAAGAACACAUACUGGAGAGAAACCCUACAAAUGUAAUCAGUGUGGUAAGGCCUUUGCAUAUCAGAGUUAUCUUCAAAUGCAUGAAAGAACACAUACUGGGGAGAAACCCUACAAAUGUAAUCAGUGUAGAAAGGCCUUUGCACGUCACGGUCAACUUCAGGUGCAUGAAAGAACACAUACUGGAGAGAAACCUUAUGAAUGUAGUCAGUGUAGUAAGGCCUUUGCUCGUCACAGUCAUCUUCAAAUACACGAAAGAACACAUACUGGAGAGAAACCCUUUAAAUGUAAUCAGUGUGGUAAAUUGUUUUCACGACUCAGUUAUCUUCAAAUGCAUAAAAGAAUACAUACUUAGAGAAGCCCUAUAAAUGUAAUCAGUGUGGUAAAGCAUUUGCUCAUCACAAUACUCUUCAAACACAUAAAGAAACACAUACAGGAGAGAAACUGUAUGCAUGUAAUCUGUGAGGUAAAGCAUUUGCAUGUCUCUGUCUUUUUCAAAUGCAUAAAAACACAUACUGGAGAGAAACCCAAUAAAUGGAUUUUGUGUGCUAAUGCCUUUGUGUGUCAUAAUAAACUCCAAAAAACAUAAAAUAAACCAUUCUAGAGAGAAACUAUAAAUUUAGUCAGCGUAGUUUUCAAAAACAUGAAAAAAGACAU